AUGGCUUCCUACGAAGCAGCCGAAGCCGCUAAAGCAGCCCUCGACGAUGCUCUUGUUGACGGACGACGCAUUCAGGUGCGAUUUGCCACCCAAGGCACAUGUCUUAGUGUGCGCAAUCUUGGACCAUGGGUCUCAAAUGAACUGCUGGAAAGUGCUUUUUCUCUUUUUGGUGAAGUUGAGAGGGCUGUGGUUAUCGUAGAUGACAGGGGGCGCUCGGUGGGUGAGGGCAUUGUGGAGUUUGCACGCAAGCCUGCAGCCCAAGCUGCUUUGAAGCGAUGUCUCGAGGGCUGCUUCCUACUGACCAGUGAGCCAAGACCUGUUUAUGCUGAGCCCCUGGAGUACAGAGACUGGGUUUUGGGCCUCCCUGAACGGACAGUGUCGAGGAGAGGGCGGGGUUAUGCUCGGGAGCGAGAAUUGGGACCACGUUUUGCACGACCUGGUACACAGGAGCAUAGGGUGGCAGAGCGCUGGAAACGUUUUCUUGACUUUGAGAAGGACAAGCGGGAAGAAUUGGAAAAGGUUCUGAAUGAGGAGCGCCGGAAAUUGGAAGAGGAGGUGGAACGCUUCCGCAGGGAACAGGUGCUGGAACGUCCCUUUCCUCCUUGGCAGGAUGGACCCCACGAUCAGUAUGCCAGUUAUUUGGGUUAUGACACAGGCUACCUUGGUUACCCACCCCAGUAUGGUGCAGGCUGGAACCAUCGCAGUCCUUACUGA